CUGUCCCCAUCUUCGCGCUUUUCUCCCCGCUUACCCGUCCAUUGUCUGUCCGGACCCUGCGGAUCUCGGAGUCAAUCCUCUCGCUGUUUAUCCGCCAUUCCACUCACUCCCGACUCACCCCUCAUCCACCGCCAAUCCGCUCACCAUGGCUCCCAACCCCACCGGAUUUGACAUCAGCGAAUUCAAGAAGGCCGCCCACCCCCGGUCGUCUUGGGCCAAAAAGGACCCCUGGGCUCGCUAUGAGACUUGGAGAUACACCGGCCCUUUCAGCCGCUUCAACCGCUUCAAGCGCAUCUUCCCUGGCUUCGGCAUUGCUACCGUUGCUUUCGCCGGCUACUGCACCUACGAGCACUUCUUCCUGAAGGAUGACCACCACCACGGCGAUGCCCACCACUAAGUCACGAUUAGGGACAAGGGUAGCAGGUGCGGAGUAGUUGGAACCGACAUGCGGUGGAAAAGUUGAAGGAUACCCCGGAUUGCUGCGAGUAAAGGCAUCCGUACGUGAUAGAGGGUCACAAGUGUGGUGUAUGAGCCGGGAGGCUUGUUUCGAUUGAGAUAGAUCAUGAAUGACCCGCAGCUCUCUACAGACGGCGCUUGGGUUGUUUCGUUUGUCGGGUGUACAUAGUAACUGUUAUUUAUCACAUCAAGUGCAU